CCCAACGAUAAUUUUUUAUUGAAGCACCAAACCGAUUUGAUUAAGAAUCACAAUAUGAAUGGAACACCGCCUAAACUGAGUUUUGAAAUAACGAAAUCUUCGGAAAUAACCAAACUGAUUUCAGAUGGCAUCCGCGCUGCAGAGGCUCUCGAGGAGAGCCUACUAAGGAACCAGUCGAUCCUAGCCGAACCACCGACACACUUACGAGAAACCAACAACAACAACAACGGCAACAACAAUGACAUUAUCGGCUCUCGAAUACCAUCGAAACCAUUGCUGGCACCAGCCAGACCAGAGAUUUUGCAUGGCGAAACUCAUUCAUUAAAACCAUCAUCGCAAUUGUCCUCCGCCUCCUCCUCCUCCUCUUCCUCCUCCUCCUCCUCGUCGUCUUCAUCGUCAACACCGGUUCAUCCGAAACUGCCCAUUUUCGCAGCACCGCAAUCACCGCAAUCUGUAAUUGUUAACACUCAUUUGCAUCAGCAGCGUUUACAAUAUCCGCAUUUGCACAACGCACACUACCCAUUCCCCCAGGCCCUGCCCCAUCCCCAUUCACACCCCCAUCCGCAUAAGCAUCCGCACCAUCAUCAUGCUCACGUUCAAGCUCACUCAGCACUGCACCAUCACAAUCUAACUAGUAAUCUUCCAGCGCUGGCGCAGAAAACGAUUAGCCUCUCUGAAUAUCUACGACCGCCGCAGAAUGCACCGCUCUUCCAUCCCGUCAAGCUGCCCGGCCGUCGACCGUAUCCCAGUCCCAUUAAAAAGGUGCCCGCUUCCAGACCGGUACUACCACAACAGCAUCCGCCAUUGGGCAGCAUACUGCCACAAUCUUCGCUGAUUGUUAAUCACUAUCGCAAGCCGAUGCCCAGCCUGCUGAAGCCCUUCCUCAAGGAGAAGCAUUUUCCCAUACAACCAAUAGCCGCCUCAGUGCUGCUCUUGGGUCAGCCCACGGAACUCGGAGGUCCCGGACAGCGAAAGACCGGAGAGGGUGCAGACCGUACCAAAAUCAAGACCAAGCCCAUUAUUUCACUACCCGUGCCGUAUGUGGAUGUGGAGCCUCAAGCAUCCCUUAAGGCAGCCAACUACUUUAAUGUAAAUGCCAAAGUAGAGCAAAAACACGUGCUGACCACAACAACAUCCACGAUGACACCACUUAUCAAACGUCCACUGCCCGAGGAACCAUCACCGCAGCAAAUUGCCAGCAUGCGUCCAGCAAUCAAUCAAGGAUUCAAGCCAGACUCCGUGGUCGUCGAAAGCGGAUUCCGUCCAAUCAUGCGGAACGAUGGCAAUGGAGUGCAGCUACCACCGGAGCUAAUCGAGCAGGUGGCUCUUCGACGUGAGGAUCCCGGUACGGAAAUCGAUGAGGUCAUGGAAACAGAUACCCUAUUCCUCACCGCCCAGCAGGGUGGUAGCGAGACGCAAAGCUUUGAACCGAUGUUCAUACCGUCUCCGCUGGAUAGCACCAAUGCGACAAUGCUGGCAUUGAAGGCGGCACAAGAUGACACUGUGAAAUCCGGGACAUCCGCGCCAUCCGCAUCACCGCUGAGAUUACCCUCAGCGGCACAUACGCUGCCAGCGGCGGCUGAGUUGCGUAAACCGUCUCUCGAGGAAUUGUUCAGUGGGGAUGAUGAUGAAGAAGUGGACGCGGACGAGACGCAUAGCGAGCCCGAGGCGCAGGAGGAGCGGCUAACGGCCACAAAUCAGCCAAGCGUAGUUGAAAAGAAACAUAGCUCUCCGGAGGAGGAUGAUCCCGAAUAUGAUGACGUGUCGAACCUGUUUGAUUCAGUGGAGGAUGAGGAGAAACAAAUCGACUUUGCCGACGAUUUAGAGGCGGAACCCGAUGACAAGGUCGCUCAAGCAGCCGAACGCAUUGAUACCUACUACUUGCCGCCGGAUAAUCGAAAGAUUCCACAUGCCAGCAUACCUAGCGGGGCUCUUUACACCUUCGACGGCAAAUCCGUGAUCGAUAGCACCCUGGUCCUGCCACCCAAACUGGAUGCACGCGAUACUGGACACUCACGGCACCAGCACUACGGUCUAACACCAUUGCAGAAACUUAUACGCACCACUCCACAGUUUGGCGCCUAUCGUGGCGAGCUUCCCGAGGACUUUCUGGCCACCACCCAAUCCGGGUUGUCGACAGUGACGGAUUAUUCGAGUCCGGUGCCGUUUAGUUCCCGUGGCAGCAGCAGCAGCACCUCGACAAUUCCUGGCUUUGACAGUACUCUCCACUCAUCGCACUCAUCGCCAUCACUAACAACGUCAUUGCGACCCAUUUCAACCAAGUUGCACUUGCUCAAGCCCGACAUCGAGAACAAUAGCACGUAGAAAACUGGCCACACACACAGACAGGUGCGCAAUAGUAUAAUUCAUUGAUUAAUUAAGCAUUUACAACUGCAAGCAGUUAAAUACCAAUUGAAUUUGUACUCAUUACCAUUUACCAUUUACAUACCAUAUACCAUUUAAAAUCCCGUAUUAGCUGUAGCCACCUUUUAUUACAUAUAUACAUGCAUAUAUACAUAUGUGCAUGUGUGUCUAAUUAAGAUAAUGCUCUUAAUUUUAACCAAACGCAAGAAUAUUACAUACACAAUUAGCUAAGCUAAAAUCUAUGUUUAAAAUGCAUUUUAGUCGUUGUCUAUGAAAUAAAUCAUAUAAACUUAUA